AUGUUUGGCUUCAGAGGCCGCGGUGGACCUUCAAGAGCCACGCCGGCCAACGCACGUCACUAUUCAUACGAAUGCAAGGCGUCUUCCCAGGACCGGCCGUAUGUGUCGCGGCCGUCUCGCACUCAGCAGAUGCGCAACCCGAAGCUCGUGCCUAAGCUCGAUAGCGACACUCCUAAGCCUUUGGAAAACAAAUCGCAUGGCCCUGUCCGCGUCAAGGCGUCAGAGAUCUACCUCUGCGGACUCUGCCUCGAGUACCGACACGCGUUCGGCCUCCUCACGGACAAGGAGCCGAUCCCGCUCACCACCGCCUCGCAAGGGGCGUCGUGCUCCGAGUCGCGGACCCGAGAGUGA